AUGAACGUCAGAAAGCGUUUAGACGUGAGGCUGAUCGCCUUAUGCACUACUUGCCUCCUCCUCCCAGCCAUAGCCUGUCCAUCACAGUGCAUAUGCAAGUGGAAGAACGGUAAACGUUACGUGGAGUGUUCAGAGAAGGACCUCAAAGUCAUCCCAAGCGGAUUCGAUCCUGAAACACAAGUGUUGGACUUCCCCGGUAACGACCUCCAAGUGCUCCAAAAAGAAACUUUUCACAAACUUAAUUUGGUCAAUCUCCAAAAGAUUUAUCUUCAAAGAUGUAGAUUGCAAAAAGUUGAUAGUCAAGCGUUCUACGGCCUUCGCAAUCUUGUCGAGUUGGAUCUGUCUAAUAAUUACUUAACAGUCAUACCAUCUGCUAACUUUGAAUACUUUCAAAAUUUAAUGAGGCUCUCACUGAACAACAAUCCGAUCACCAACAUUAAAAGCAAUUGCUUCCGCAGUUUAUCAUUUUUGAAUACUUUGGAACUUACAGAUUGCAAAAUUGAAAUUAUAGAAAGGGAUGCCUUUUCUGGGUUGCAUCACCUUGAAUGGCUGCGAUUAAACGGUAACAAACUAUCAAACAUCCAAGGUGAAAAUUUAUUUCCCGAUACGCUGCGAGGGAUCAACUUGCAAAAUAAUAAUUGGAAUUGCGAUUGCCAUCUAAGGGAUUUACAUAGUUGGUUGUUGAAUUUCAAUAUGCCGCACGCCGUCGAACCAAUUUGUUCCCUUCCCGAACGUUUGAGGAAACGGACGAUCACGAACGUGGCUGAAAAUGAAUUGGCAUGCUUACCGAAAAUAAACCCUACUACCAUGUUUUUAGAGACGAACCUCGGCAGCAACGUGACUCUAGAAUGCGUUGUGAAAGCGAUACCCGAAGCGAAAAUAACCUGGUCAUAUCAGGGUCAGAUCAUUCAUAAUUCUUCAAGCGACAUGCCUGAGGCGCGCGAUCUGUAUUACGUCGAGAACGGUAAUACCGACAAAAAGAGUGAAUUAUACCUGUUUAAUAUUGGUAAUGAGGACAAUGGUACCUAUUCAUGCUUAGCAGAGAAUCCCGCAGGCAGAUCGCGUGGCAACUUUACUAUAAAGAUAUUAGUUAAAGAGGAGCCCGUAGUUGUAAUAGUCACAUUCCCUCAAAGACACUUGGUAGUCAUAGUGACUGUCAUAUUUCUAAUAAUUAUCUUGCUUAUAGCCAUUAUAGCAGUAGUAUUAUUAAAGUAUAAAACGGAUUCACGAAGCAGAAAGAAAAAAGAAAGUGGAAAAGAUGUUGCGUUAUGUAACCAGAUCCUGCCAUCGAAUCGGGGUAAUGGCAUGCCUAAAAAUAACGGAAGCUUAAUUGUAAACGCGCACUCUCAUCACGCGUUGCACUAUACGGUACAAACAAACCGUGAUUACGAGUCGAGUAACAUGUAUCAAAGCAAUAACAUAAAAGGCUUUGUCGACAGAAACCCCGACCUAAUUAGUGACGCGGAAACUGUAGCCAACAAUGCUCAAAACGAGAACACAGCGUUAUCAGUAUACAAAGCUCAAACUGCGAGCGGUGACGUUUUCCAGGAGGAAACCGCUUUUACCGCACCGACAAUACCUAGACAGGUCACGUGGCAAGAUCAGCAGACCAUGAAUCCGACGCAAAGCACUCUUAACAACAUGUACCAGCACUCAGCGGAUGUACAUCUGAAUCCGGGAUGCUUUUUAGAUAACGAAGGCUACCCUUACGACUAUGGCUUGCCAAAACAUCCUUGUCGACCACCGUUAAUGUCCAACUAUUCCGUGGUGGGGCCUUUUUAUCAGACGCUGCCUCACAAUCGACCGAAAGGGCAGAAACUGAUUUGUAAAUUUGCGAAAGACACCGAGUUUAAUGCGACGCCUCCCACUUGCCCUAAUUUCGAAGUGUUCGGGCCGGGAAACGUGCGACGUACGUUAGACGGUUACCCGGUACCAAGGAAUAGGCAAAUAGCGUUUGUAGGGAACGGAACAGUGUAUUAUAAUGAAGAGUUUGUACCGUCACCACCUGAAGGUUAUAAAACAGAGCCAACUCAGUGUUGUGCGCCUCCAGAAGCUUGCCCAUCGUGGGUGAGCCCUAAAGGGACUUGUGCAGUGAUGGUGCCUAUGAGUGUAACAGAAGGGCCCGGUAGGUGUUACCAGGUUGAAACGCGGUGCGUCGAUACACAGACCACGGACGCUCGAAUGCCCGCUGAAGGCACUGAAAGUGUGCUGAAACCCUUACCGCAAGUGUCAAACGCGAAGUGUGCGGCUGACAUAUGUUCCGAGAGCCCUGAUGAGGGUUACGUGGGUGACGCUAACGAUAUCUGA